AUGUGCAAAGUCAAACAUCCGGCAUCUUCUCAGGCCAUGAGAAUUGUCCGAACCGUGGGCCAAGCGUUUGACGUGUGCCACCAGCUCACUGCUCAGCAGAAAGGUGAAGACCAGGAGGAAGAGGAGGUGAAGGGAGAGGAGUCUGCAAUGGUACCAGCUCAGAAGAAGUUGACUGUGUCCUCAGAGACUGACCUUGAAGCUACGACAGAGGAGAGCAUUGAGUGUGCGUCCUCGUCUGAGCCAGAGAAAAGCAGAAAGGAGGAGGCCAACAGUGAUGCUGCAAAGGACCCCCCUGUGCUGCUGCACUCGCCCCUCCUCGGGGCCUCGGCUCAGUCUGAGGAGGCGUCCUGUUCGGCCGAGCACCAGCUCCAGCUCCUACAGAAACAACUGCAGCAGCAGCAGGAGCAGCAAGCUCUGGCAGCCAAUGCACAGGUACGCGUCUUGCAGCAGCAGCUCUCUGUAGAGGUGUGUGCGCGCUCAGAGGCUCAGGCCAGAGUGCAGCAGCUGCUGCAGCAGAACACUGACCUGUUACAGCACAUUUCACUGUUGGUCAAACAGAUCCAAGAGUUGGAACUCAAAGCUGUGGGACAGUUAUCCUCCAUGGGCUCCCAGGACAGUCUUCUGGAGAUCACCUUCCGGGCUAAGCGCCCACCCUGUGAUGCUCUGCCCCCUUCAUUAUCAGUGGCCCCUCUGGCAUCCCAACAGAUUAGCGACGCCUGGUCCUCCACUCUACCGGGGCAGUGCUCUCCUGGCACUGUUGCCCCUGACGACAGCUCAGUGGGCUUGAGGGGGAGUGCUGUGAGGCUCGAGUGUUUCCGGUUUCCAUCCAGGGGUCCGGACCGGCUGGAGCAGGGACAGGACACCAGAGAGACACCCAGUGAAGAGAGCUCGCCGCUGGGGGAGCAGGUGCUGGGUGCCCUGGAGCUGUUGCGGUUCAGAGAAUCGGGGAUUGGGUCUGAAUAUGAGUCAAAUACAGACGAGAGUGACGACAGGGACAGCUGGGGGCAGGGAGAGGGUCUGACACCAGAUGGAGCACCACGACUUUUUAAUGUGCUAAACGCAGAGAUUCUGCCAGACUCUUUGGAUGACACUGAGAUGGCUGUGUAAGGCAGUACCUGGAGGAAACAUAAAAUACAUAAAACAUUACUGUAUCAACAUGUACAGAUCGUAUGGUUCAUCGUGGAUCAGUAACACUUCUUUUUUUUUAUUUGAUGCUUGAAGUUUACUUAUAAAAUCCAGCCACGUGGAAUCAUAAGCCAGUGCUUUUUUGUGCCAAUCCAAGGGUUAUGUAGUUUGUGAAGGUUGCUUCAGAGAGGGCCUCCUUAGUGAAAUAUUCCAGAUAUAUGCUGAACUUUUGGUUAAAAUUUAAUUCUGAUUACAAUCAUCUUUUGAUUGAAUUGAUUUGCAUAAACAGGAUAAUAAUGGCUAGCUGGGUGCUGAUAAUUAACUCAAGCUUUGGUGAUUAAUUAAGUGAC